GGUGACAGUCCGACCAGGAACAAGGAUGAACAUGAUCGGUUCCCUCUCGCUCGAAGGCAAAUGUGUUUUAUUGAUCUCCAGUAGGCUAUAUGUCCCGUGUUAAACAUUAAUACUUGUCUUACAGUGUUUGAUGUAACCUAAUGUCUGGGUCAAGAAAAUAUUGACUUUCUCACGCUACCAAAAAAUGGUUGUAAUUCCGUGUUUAAAAGUGCCGCAGCGCCAUGCACAACUGUACAGGAAAUACUUACUGUUAAAAGGUUUUCUGGAUCGUAAAUAUUGUCCUCAAAAACACCCCGACGGGACUGUAAGCUUUCCUGUGAUAGCAUCCGUUCUGCCACAGCUGGAUCUGGUGGCUAUAAAGGAAUAUGUCGCAGAGGACAGCAUUUGUGAAAUUGUUAAUAUUCAGGCUCCCCCAUUUUCAAAGAAGGGUAAAGUUAAGUCUUUCAAUGAGAGACUCGUGGAGUCUGCACAGGCCCUGUUGAUUUCCAAAGGAGAAACGUGGAGUGUGGAUCUAGAGAGAGAUAUCCCAAGUCGCUGGCAGUGUCAUGGAGAUCUUAUCCUGUUUGGUGAAGGAUGCUUCUCCAACACAAUAUGGAAAGAAAUUGGAUUGGAAUUCUGGACGCUGGUUGCCCAGAUCUUGGGAGUGAAACGUCUAGCACAAAUUAAAAAGAUUUCUAAGGAUGGGUUUCGCACACCUAUGGUGGUAAUGCUUUUGGGAGACAGCAGCUAUGUAACACACAUUGAUAACCACAUUAGGUACGAGUUUGAUAUCACCAAAUGUAUGUUCUCUUCUGGGAAUAUAACAGAGAAGCUCCGAAUAGCCUCUUUCUACUGCAGUGGAGAGACUGUGGUUGACUUAUAUGCAGGGAUUGGCUACUUCACUCUUCCAUAUCUGGUACAUGCUAAGGCUUCACAUGUGCAUGCUUGUGAAUGGAACCCAGAUGCAAUAAAGGCUCUUCACAGAAACCUUCAGAUCAAUGGGGUGUCGGACCGCUGCACAGUCCAUCAGGGAGACAACAGACAGCUACCUUUAAGUAAUCUUGCUGAUCGAGUUAAUUUGGGCCUCAUACCAAGUUCAGAGGAGGGUUGGCCUGUGGCAUGCCGCCUGCUAAAGAGAGACACUGGAGGAAUACUGCACAUCCACCAAAACGUCACAGCACCUUUACGCAAUGAAACACCUGAACAUUCAUCUGCUACAGAUGUUGAAGAAACUCCUCUGAGGAUCCAGAGAGAUAUGGAAGUGUGGGCGGCCUGGGCUACAGACACAGCCAGUCGCAUCUGUACUCUCUUGUUAGACAUCACCGGAGGCAAAUGGAAGACUAACAUCAGGCACAUAGAGCAUGUUAAGACAUAUGCACCACAUAUCAGUCAUGUAGUACUGGACUUGGAGUGUAAACCUCUCUAAACACAUCCACGCAUAUGCACUGUAUUCAGAAUUAAUUGUUUUGGGUCAGUUUUACCAUUUGAUGACUGCUGAUUUUUGUAAAGCAAAGCUUGUUUUUAUAAUAAAAUAAUUGAUUGUUUUGUAAUAAAUUAACAAAUCAC